AUGGAGGAAGCUCAAACUCUAAGCGAAACAGGUACUCAAUUACCAUUGAGCGAAACUCCGAAACUUGAGCAAGGCGAGUUUCCAGGUGCACACAAGAAGGAACAACUUUCCAGAAUUGAAUCUAAGUUUAAUAAUAGGGAUCGCGGCGGUAAUGAUGUGGAUAUGCUCCCAACCCCUACGGGAAGAGUCUUUGAAUCUCCUGUUAGAGCCAAUACUAGUCGGUCACCGACUAGCGAGUCUAUGAUCCAGAUACAAAAAAGACGCACGCAGGUGCCACAAGCAAAAACGGAAAAGGAGCUACUCGACUCAAAUAAUGUUUCCAAUCAAUAUAUAUUCAACCAACGAGAGAAUAUUUUGGACAGGGAGCUUUCGAAGUUAGGAACUUAUGCGAACCUGGAUGCUGAACAAAACCUCAAGGGUAGAAUUCUUUCUGAAUAUAUCCCAAACAACUCAUUACAGCCAGGCUCUGCGGGACAAAGAUCGAUCUCGCUGACUGGUGAAAAUGAUGUUUUGAAUUUGGAAAAACCUAACUUGAAGAAAGAGGUCAUCGUUGAAACUGUAGAAACUAUUGAACUUAGCCCCCCACCUUCUUCAACAAGGCCUGAUGAGAACGAACUAGCGGAUGGAACACUUAUAAAGGGGUACUUAGUAAAUAGCAAAGAACGGAAAAGCUAUUACUGGCGUAAGGUGGUGGAAAUAGGAUCCGGUAAUUUUAGUACAGUCUUUCUAUAUGAAAAUGCGGAUGACAUACCAGGUGCAGAAGCAUCGUCACCGGAGCUUAAACAAGUGGCAGUGAAACAUAUCAAGUACCCUCAAGAAUUACUAUCCAGCUCUUCUCCAAAUAGUCCAAAAUACAAAGAACUAUUAAGCAGAGUAGAAAGCUCUUUGAAAAGAGAGUUAACCACAUUGAUAUCAUUAGACCAUCCAUGUAUCGUCAAACUUUUUGGCAUAAAUGAUACCGCAUUUAUUACCGAAGACAGACCGUUAUGUGGAAGACGUAAAUUGUCAGCUCUACCCAGAUGUGAUAUGGUGAUGUCGUUCUGUGCUGGUGGGGAUUUAUUUGACUUAGCUAGUAAAUCAAAAAUACCAGAUUGGUUACUCACCAGAAUAUUAGCAGAACUUUCCAUGGCGAUAAAAUACUUACACGACAAUUUAGUCAUUCAUAGAGAUAUUAAGUUGGAGAAUAUUCUUUUAAGAUAUAGAUUGGCGGAUAUGCUUUCCUUGCAUGAAAAUCCGGAACAAUUAAACUCGCAAAACCUAAUUGAACUUGCUGACUUUGGUUUAUGUAAAAAGAUUUCGCCGGAUGAAAUGUGUACUACUAGAUGUGGCUCUGAGGACUAUGUUUCGCCUGAAAUUUUGUUAGGUCUCCCUUAUGAUGGGCGUUUAAGCGACUGUUGGGCAUUCGGUGUAAUCGGAUAUGCAUUGCUAGAAGAUAGACUACCCUUCGAUCCAAUUCCCGGUCAAAGCUCAAGGAGAACAAGAUCAAUUGCUCACAGAAUUGCUCGGUGCGAUUGGAAAUGGCUGAAAGUAUCUGAAAUCGAGCACCCUGCAAAAGAGAUCGUCAAUCAUACUCUUGUUAGGAAAAGUGAACGUUGGACUAUCAAUCAGAUAUACGAUACUCCGUACAUUCAUGACGUAGUGGAAACCUUAAAUUUCGUAUGA